AUGUCGACGAGCUCCAGUCAGAUGUGGUGGUACAAGAUCGACCAGCAAGAAGCCCACUUCAUCCAGUUCGACGAGAAUGACAUUGUAGCCACCGUCAAGGAGAAACUCAUCUUUAAAUGUCCCAGCCUGCAAAAGCUGGACCCUGGCCAGAUCACCAUCAGAAAAGCGUCCGGAGAGGCAUUGCCGGUGGGCUCCAAGAUAUCCCAGUUCGUCACUCAAGGCGUUGGCACAGAGCCUGAGACCGCUGUGCUGGUCGCUGAGAAGACGUCAGUUGCGGCAGGUGUAGCCACUCAUGUUGCGCCCACCGCAGCAGCGGUGCGAUUGUCGCUUUCCGAGGAAGCCUUUCGGCAGGUGCAACCAUGGCAGUGGAUCCGGUGCAGAAUCUCAUACAGGUCCACUGAUGCUGGCAUCAAGUCGCGCUUGUGUGACCACAUGCGACAAUACACGCUUGGCACCUUGGGUGGAACCGUGCAACGAAGAGAGGAUGCGACCGUGGUGACCAUUGAAGGCACUUUCGACAAUAUGCCAGCUUCGAGGAUUCGAGUGCCUCGAACAAAGGCAAGGGCAAGGGUAAGCGCAAAGGCGAGGGGAACUUCAACCCUUCGUCGCUGCGCCACUCCCAAUCGCUCAGCCGUUUCAGGGAGUGGGCCGCCGUGCGACACGCACAAGUGA